AUGGAAGCGGAGUCUGUGCAUACUGUCGUGGUCAUGCUGCCCCCAAAGAACUGCCUGCCGAGGAACUACAGCUGCAUAGCUGGACUCUUCGGGAGCCUGGCAGCGGCGAACCCGCGGUUUGAAGAUGGGGAAGAUUUUGACAUGAUAAACGGCACUUGUGAAACCACCGAGUGCCCCGUGGUGGAGGAGAGACCACGGGGCAGAGAGAUCUUCCUGAAGCCGCCACAGAGUCCGAAUCUGCGUCGGAGGUGCAAGUCACUGCCCACACCCACAGAGAGAGCCAAGUUAGAGAUCUCCCGCAGCAGGAGUCCAACCAGCCAGAAAAAGGUCCGGUUUGCUGACUCCCUCGGCCUGGAGCUCAUCUCAGUGAAGCACUUCGAUGAUACAGAUGAGCCCGAGGUGCCGGAGCGCAUUUUGGCCAAACUCCCCAAAGGACACCUCCACCUGAAUCAUUUGGACACAAAGUUCCCCCGCGCUCCUGCAAAGUCUGUGUUCAUGGAGCUGCAGUUCACCAACCCGGGCACACUACCCGGCUUUGAGCAGAAAGUGAGGGAGGUGAAAGUCCUGUUGGAGACCGUCGAGGCGGAUGAAUUCAGUCUCUCCGGGUUUGUGCGCGUGUUGAAUCUGGCCUUUGAGAAGAGCGUCUCUUUGCGCUAUUCUCUAAACAACUGGAUAACAUUUAUGGAUAGCCUGGCGUCCUAUGUUCCUGACUCAAGCGACGGUGUCACUGAUAAGUUCAGUUUCAAGAUAGUCAUGCCCACAUACCUCGAAAACGGAGGUACAUUCCAGUUUGCAAUUAAAUACUGUGUCGGCGGGCAGGAGUUUUGGGACAAUAACAAUGGCAACAACUACAAAGUGAGGCGUCACCGAUUCAAGAUGUCCCCACCGCGGGAAUGGGAGAAUGGAUGGAUUCACUUUAUCUGAGCUUUUUGAUGCCUGCGCAGUGGCACACUGCGUGCGUAAUUUGCGCGUAACUAAUCCCCGGGUACCUUAAGUAUGACUGUAGCUUUUUAUAGAUUUCUUUUCUGCCAUUGCCAGCUACACACAUGCUGUGACAGUGAAAACCCACAAUAAUUCAAAUAUUUGCUCCGCUGUGGUGACAGAUUAAGUGGUGGACAUACAGUAGUACAGCUAGGUGCCCGGUGAGCGAUGCUGUUAGAUAAUUUGCCUUCAUGUCGGGGCUCUCUGUACAGCUUGUAGCCCUUUGGGAGGGCAUGCUCACGUUAUGUAAUGUAGAAACACGUGCCACGGAGAAACGUGCCGGGCAUCGCCGACCUCAGGCAUCACUGAUCCUUUUUAUGAGAUGCUGUACAAUGAUUUUGGGGGGCACGGAGAUUUUAACAUCAUCGGUUUGUUUUGCAUGCGUGCAGAAAUGGGAAGCAGAAAGCAUCACAUCUUGACUGAUGUUCAUGCAAAGCGAAUAUAGUAGCAUCUAGUAGUCUCCUGCAGGCUGGGAGAAACACGUUUUAUCAUUUUGACAGGAAUAUGUGACAGGUUAUUUUGAUUUAAAAAAUUCAAUGUAUAAUAUCCCACUGCCAUGCCAUUGAACAAUGCCUUAUUUUAAGCCAUGGUGUGGGAAAUUGUGCAUUGAAAGCUGUGCAGCAUUUUAUCACGAGGCUUGAAUAAAUUAAAUGCAUUAGAUGGUUUUCAUUCUAAAAAUUACAUUUUUAAAACAAGGCCUCUUGGCACUUGGAAGUUUUUAUUGUCCAUAUACCUGUAGGCUUUUAAUCCAGGGACAACAUUCUUAGUCAUAAACCAGCCAUAUAUUUGCACACAUCUAACAGCUUUAGUAUAUAUAUUUUUUGCUGAAUCAGACUAAUGUAAAGUUAAAUAAAAAAAAUGUUUUUGCCGCAUUCAGAAAUCAAGAGGGCCUAAACAAAGUCCAAAGAUAAGGAAAGUUUUCUCUUCGAAAAAAAAAAUUCCUAAAUUGAAAUUGUGCCAUGCAUAUUCCAUCUAAUCAUAAAAGUUACGUUGAUUAUGGGCCUUAAUGCUCUCAAACAGUAGCAUGGUUGUUGUCCCAUCAAGGAAAACAAAUUAAGUAGCAAUGUUUGCGAUGUUAAAUUUACCUCAGCUUACUUGUGGACCUCCUCUUCUUCUUCAGGUUGAUCGUUACAAAACAUUAUUUUCACAGUAAUUGUUUUCUAAUGGUUACAUUCAAACAUAAAAGUAUUAUUGUACAUUUGCAGAUUCAAAACACAAUGCAUAUUUUGUUUCUAAUGUUCUUUACUACACUGUGUAACCAUUUUUCUAAUAGAGCAGUGUUAUCUAUAGACAAAGUAGCUAUUACACAGCUGACUGUGUUGAACCGGCUGUAAAGGUAUGAUGAUAUCCUUGGUCACCACUGUGCAAAAAUAGUGCCGCUCCUCACACCCCACAUGACCUCAGUGGUUUAAACUGUCUCGAUAUUUCCAUACUUUGAUGGAAACCAUCAUGUGAUCACUUCACUUUCAUUUGCCUUGAUUGAUGAUGCACAACCAGUCUUCUAUCUCCAGACAACAGCUUAGGUUACAUCCACAAGUUUGUAAUUAAAUCACCCGCAGGCAGUCUUCCAAACCAGCUCCUGACCAUUUAUCAUUCUGUGCUUUGUGGUGAACAGGUUUGCAUGUCGAAGGCAAACACGUUUGCUUCAAAUGCAAAUAUUCAUCAUGCUUUCUUUUUUGGUGUAUGACAUUAUCAACAAUUUGUCCAUGUAGUAAGUUGGGAGUCCAGUUCAGCAAGUAAAAGGAUCAACAGGCAGGAUGCUUUUAAUUCCAGUGCUCCGACUGUAAUCUGAACAUCACUCUGCUCUUUGUUUACAUCAUCAUGGCAUCAGAGGAAGGCUCUCCAUUUUAUGAGGCCAUCAGGUUAUGAUGUGGAAAAAGACUAUUCCUGUAACCACUUAGUUUUUGGAGCAGUUCCACUGUGAAUCCAUCAGUAAUGUUUGUCUCCGAAUCUGACAUGGGAUAACUGAUGUUGUUAGAAUAGUUUUGCUGAAGUGACAGGUGGCCAGCACCGGGUUGAUAUUUGCUUUUUCUACAUUUAUCACACACAGACUUUCAUUCUCUCACAUGUUUAGUUAAGUACACUGGAUAUAAAAGGUCUGGCCAUGGCAGAGCUUACUGUGUGUUAUAUUGUUAUAUGAGUGGGUAUUUGCCUGCUUUGGUCUGUGUAAACUUUUCAAGCAUCCAUGCUGUGCAAUACCAGAAAGCAUUAAUUAUCCAGGUUGACUUCUAAUGUGAGUGCUGAGAGAUGCAUCAAUACCAAUUAAUCACUGCAGAUAUUCUUCUUUCAAUUUUAACAUUUAGUUUUAACAAGUCCUGACAAGACUUGCUAUCUUGAGAUCACUUGACAUAAAUGGCUGUCUGAAUAUGCUCUCUUAAGUUUUCAAAAAGUAUCUGUCAGAUAACAGUGCUCACUUUUAGUCCGGUAUCGCACUGCUGUUGUAAUUGGUGCAUCCCUACCAUAAGGAAAAUGAAGGGCUUCUGGUCUGAUUUCCACCUCAAUGUAUACAUAACAUUUUGCAUCAGCACUCAAUGAUAUAUAGAUAUGUAUGUAAAUGUGUAAAUGUUUCAUAUUGAAUGUCUUCCUGUUACUGUUCUAUGUUGUGUGUAUUUUGAAGCAUUUUUAAAGCAGAACUGAGGGAUGGUAAAAGUUUGUUAUCUGAUGAUGCUGUGAAGUUGGAAAAUAGCAUAUGAGCCCAAAAUAAAUUAUUUGCUAAAGCACACUUAGAUUUAAUAAGCAGACCUUUCUACAAUGUAAUUAAAAAGAGGGCUGCUUAUUAAAUUGGUAAUACCACUUAUGUGAUCAUUUGUAUCAAAAUGAUGUUUACUCUAAAUACUAUAUUGCAGAAUUUGCCCUGAAAUAUGGACCUAAAUGUGAGCAGUGUAUCGGAAUGAAAUGAACACAUUUGAAAACCUAUGUGCACAACUAUAGGUGUACACUGCCUUACUAAAAUAUGAGUUUACUUUGAGAUAUUAAGCAAAGCAGGAAGAAUGAAAGUGCUUGUUUGUUAAGAAAUUAUGUGACUACUGAUAUAUGAAAAUGUGUAGUGUACAAAAGGACAAACCCUAACAAGACAGGUAGCGCAAGAUGCACUUUGGAGUUUGAUAACUUUUGGCACGAGGAACUUAUGAUUGUAGCUGAUACUGAGCAGACUCAGUCACAGCAGGUCUAAUGCACUUUGUGUGAGUACAAGGAAAAGGGAAAGAAUGGGUUGCACGUAAAGCUUCUCCUUUGAAUAGCUACUAACCAAGAUGAUUUCCAUCUUUGUCCUGUUUUGCUUCUCUUUUCUCUCACUGUGGAAAGCCUAAAUCACCUCUGUCUUAUUUCUAACCAUUGUAUGGCACUGAAUCUAUUUUGGUGAGUUUUUUCUUCUUUUUUUUUCAAAAUCCUAUGCACCUCCUUCUGUGUUGUAACAUCUGUAGUCACCUGGUUGUGUUAAUCUGUAUUCUGUGCUGUCUUUUAUUUUCUCUUUCACAGUGAACGUUAACCAUGUUUGCAUGUACAGCUCUACCAUACCUUUAUUUCUACGUUAAGUUUUUAAUGUAACCUAUAUUUUGUUAAACAAUAUUAAUAAAGGCAUUUGUGAUGGAAACUUAA